AUGACUCCAUCGAUGGACACAGUCGUCCAGUUACCACUGCUGUGGGCGUUGACAGCUUUCCUGCUGACUACUUGGCUUCCUUUUCGCACCGCCUUCAGACCAGGACUGUGGUCUAUCCCAGGACCCUUCCUGGCGAAAUUCACGGACUUGUGGAAACUGGCAGCUGUCUGGGCAGGCCACCUUGAACAAACCAUCAUUGAACAACACCGACAAUAUGGAGAUCUUGUUCGUAUCGGGCCCAUCACUAUCAGCAUGGUCGACCCCAGAGGUAUUGAAUUGAUAUACGGAUUGAAAUCAAACUUUCCCAAGAGCAAGUUCUACAAUGCAUUCAUGGCGGUGAACAAAGGGAAGCCGGUCGAGACCUUCUUCACCACCCAAAACAUGCUGUAUCACUCUGCCAUCAAGCGUCCGGUAAGCUCGGCGUAUUCCAUGACGACAAUCACCGACAACGAGUGGCAUAUCGAUAAGAUCAUGGAAAAACUGCUGUGGUACCUGGAGGCCGAGUUUUGUAGGAAGAUCAUGCUCGAACACAAUCGAUAUUGGCCAAUGGCUUCAUUUCUGUGGGGCAGCGGUUAUUCUUUCGACGUGAUUUCGGAAAUGACCUGGUCCAACUCUUUUGGCUACCUCGAACACGGGGCUGACAUCAAUAGCAUGAUCCGGUCGCUAGAAGCGGACAUGGACUACUAUGCUCCGGUAGGAAAAAUGCCGUGGAUCGACGAUCUUUUCAGGGGAAAUCCCAUCAACCUGUACGUUGCCCGAAAAAGCAGCACCUUUGCGAAACUUGCCGUCGACAAGAUCCGAGAACGACGGGCAAAAACCACGCUUUCGGCACAAGAAGAGCGAGACUUUCUGAGCAGGUUCCUCAAAGCCAGCAAGACACGUUACCAAACGGUAGAUGACAAGGAAAUCGCUUCAUACAUGGUCACGAACAUCGUUGCGGGGAGCGAAAGGACUGCCAUCUCUAUAAGGGCGGUUCUCUACUACCUGCUGAAGACUCCCGCGGCAUGUAAGAAGCUGCGAGAGGAAAUCGACACCGCCGAUCUCCCCGAUGGCCCGUUGGGCUAUACAAGCGUGGAGAGGCUGCCCUAUCUGGGCGCGUACAUCAAAGAAGCACUGCGCGUCCAUCCUGUAGUGGGACUACCCCUGGAACGUGUCACGCCGAUUACGUUCCAGUUACCCAACGGUCAGAGCCUCCCUGCCGGUACAGUCGUCGGGAUGUGUGCGUGGCCUGUCCACCGUGACCUCGCAACUUUCGGGAACUGGGUUGAAGAGUAUAUGGCGGAAUGGUGGUUGCAGGGGUCUGACGAGGACGAAGAGACAUUCGAUUACCGCAUCAAUCGUAUGAAGCGAGCGGACCUCACUUUCAGACAUGGAACAAGGGCAUGUCUUGGGAGAAACAUCGGAUUGAUCGAGACUUACAAAACCAUCCCGACGUUGCUGAGAGCAUUGAAUAUCGAACCCGUCGACCCCCGCACAGAAUGGACUCUCAAGAAGGCGUGGUUCGUGCGACAGGCCGAUUUCAAAGGAGUCUGCCUCCGGACAGCAACUUCGACCUCAUUUUCCUGA